AACUAACUGUCCAUAAUAAUGCAUGCAAUCUAAAUAUUUCGACAUUGUCGUUUAGAACGGAGUAGAAUCAUAGGGUUGAUUAAUUUCUUGAAAGACAAAUGAUCUUAAGCAUGGAUUGUAAUAAGAUAGCAACCUCUAUUGAAACUGAAGUUUUAAAGAUCCGUGAUUCAAAACAAUGGACCAAGUUACCUUCGCAAAAAGGCGUUGAGAUAUCGUUUACUGAUUCCCCAAGUUUUGAUGGGCAUUGUUACAAGUUUUCCUGCAUCAUCGAAGCCCCGUGUGAGGUCGUGUACGGAGUAUUGAAACCUCCACCCACCACAGAUGAAAGGUUAAGAUGGGACAAAAGCAUCAACGGUUAUCAACCACUUGUUACAAUUGAUGAAAACACUUUCAUCUCAGUUAUAACCACGCCCUCCAUACUCAUUGGGUUUGAUAUCUGGGCGCGAGUUUGUGGAUUUGUUUCGAUGCAAACUUGUUCAAACAAGUUUCAUCGAGGAACGUUGGGUGUUUGAUGCAUUGUUACAGCGGGUAGCGUGUCAUGUGACCAACGUCCCGUGACGAAGAAAUAUAUUCGUGCAACAACGCACCCUAGUGGAUACGUUGCAAUCCCCGUUGACAGCAACAAGACACGCGUGGAGUUUUACAUCAACAUCGACGUUGGGGGAAUGCUGCCGCGUUCGUUGGUGGAAUCAAAUCUUCCAUCACAGCAAGUUAAAUAUAUUGAGAACUUAUCCGCUGAAGUUCAUAGAAGAUGCCUCAAUAAUUAGUAUUUGUUGCUUGCUUGAUCUAUGCAGUAUGUAAUAUGCACUUUAUUGAUUGUUUGUAGGUGGUUGAUUUAUGAGUUAAAAUAUAUUUUUAUAAAUUUCUUCAUAUUAUGUUAAUAGGUUUUAUUGCCUUUAACCAAAUGAUAUUUUAUUUAUCCCUUGCUUGAUAUAUUGACUGUUGUUUUGCUGUUAACAUCCAUUUCUUUGUUAUGUUUUUUAAAUAUGAACCUUGGUACUCUAUUCGAAGAGAUGAAUAAAAAAUAUAUUAAACUUAA